CGGCGGGGAAGCGGCACCAGGGCGCGGCGGCGCCGCUGCUCCCCUCCUUCUGAUGCCCCUCCGCGGCUGCACGCCAGCCCGGCGGCCGCGGCUCCGGGAGGAUGCGGCUCUUCUUCCUCGCGGCAACUUUCUGGGGAUUGUGCCUGGCUCCAGGUUUGGGCUUGCAAAUACAAUGCUACCAGUGCGAGGAGUUCCAGCUAAAUAACGACUGCUCUGCUCCAGAGUUCAUCGUAAAUUGUACAGUGAAUGUGCAAGACAUGUGUCAGAAAGAAGUCAUGGAAAAAAGUUUUGGAAUCAUGUACCGCAAGUCCUGCGCCUCCUCGGCAGCGUGUCUCAUCGCCUCGGCCGGGUACCAGUCCUUCUGCUCGCCAGGGAAGGUGAACUCUGUCUGCAUCAGCUGCUGCAACACUCCACUCUGCAACGGACCCCGGCCGAAGAAGAGGGGGAAUGCUGGUGUGGUGCUGCAGGCACACAUGAUGCCCACCCUUCUGCUCCUUACAUUGCCUCUUUUGUUUUCCUGUUGCUAAACCUCAAGCAAAUGUUAUUUUUUUUUGCCCUGGCACAGUUUGUUCUGUCUCCUCCUUUCUUCAGAGACGCUGCAAUUAUUUUCUGUUUGUUUCCAAAUCCCUGUCAACAGUGAGGGAAGUUCAGUGGUUGUGGGGAGAGAGGGGCUGGUAUUUUUGGCAGCUGAUGCGUUGGGUUAGCAGAUUGAAUUUCCAGUGUGCACUAAAAAAUCCCAGCAGCGGGAUACAGAACUCCUGCUCUUUUUGCAUAACUGGAAACAAACCCAUCUGUGUUAUUCCUUUUAAGAGGUAGUCAAUUCCUCAGUCAUUUCAAUGUCCAUGUUUUCAAGUUCCUCGCUGAUCUGUAACUCUGCCUUAUGAAGUCACACUUGGUGUUCACAGAGGCCGUUCUGCGUGUGGGGCUGGCACUCCGAGCCCCCCUCUGGCGGCACUGCUCCUGGGCUCUGUGGGCUGCACUCGGGCCCAGCUUCGCCCUGAAAAGUACUUAAGAAAACUUUGUUCUUGCUCUUUGUAGAAGAAUUGCGCCUAGAGGAAAUGAGGAGAGGGCGCAGAGACCGGCUGCUCCUCAUUCGGGAGCUCAGGUUGGCCCUGAGGAACUUCUCCUUG